UGAAUUAAUUCUUAGACUAGAUUCGUAAAUAUGACUGUCGAAUGACAUUUGAUUAAUAAAGCAUUCAUAAACUAGGAAGAUCCCGUUCUCUUACCUACCCCUUCCGCCAUCACCAUAGCUGUCAACGUAACUGGUAAUUUGUAAGGGAAAAAAAUGGUUCUGGGUGCUACAAAAAUAACCGGGGAAUAAGUUGACGUGAGUCACCCAGUGGCCGACUAUCUCGUUUGUUAUACAGGGUUCUGGAAAUCAGUUUGAUGAUUAGCCCAGCAAAGCCAUACAUACAUUCUGUUCUCUGUCAAAAGUACAUAAUGUUUAUGCUCCAGUGAUUCUGCCAUGAUCAGAUGUUCGCUUCCUACAAAAAAAAAAGUAAUCAAAAGGCAACACAGACAGAAAAUGUCUGAGAAGUAAUUUAAUAUCUCUUCCUUCACGGCUGCUAUUAAGUGUCGACGAUGAGGGACUGCUGUUCAGACCACCAGGAAUACAUAUGAGGUGCGGCGAGUAGUCAUCUGUGGAGGUUCCGGGCUGGCGUGCUGGUGCGCGACAGGGAGGGGCCGUUCGGGUCGGUGGCUGUGCCAUGCCGGGCGCUGCGGCUUUCGCCUGGGGCUCUGACCAUGAUGUGGCGGCGCCCUCGUCACUGAGCUGUCCUCCCAGGGCGGUGGAUGGCAGACCGUCGCCAUGUCGCCCGCCGCCGUUCAAGAGGAGCGCUCGGCCGCGGACGCUAAGGCAGACGUGAAACGGCGCGCAGCCUGCGUGCAAGGGCGGCUGCACCUGCUCCGGAAGGCGACAGGCCACUGCACCGAACAGCUCCUGAAGCGGACGAGCCGCGCGCCGGGUGGGAGUCGGGUGCUAAAGAGGUGGGCUCGCGAGAACGAGGGCUUCUGGGGUUUCGUCGUCCGCCACUGCAGCAUCGGCCAGCAGCUUCUGGAGGCGCUGCAGGCGCGCAAGCAAGCAAGAGACGAGCAAGAGGCCGCCCGCUCUGGGGGCUCCCGGCCGGGCACGCCCCCCGCCUCCGCCCGCCCUCAACCUUCGACAGUGAAUCGCCGCCGUUCCGGGGGGCACGGGGCGCCGUCGCCUCAAUUGAAUCUCGACGUGUCGGUGGUUCGCGGUACGCGCAUGCGCACCAGAACAGCUCCCGCUCAGCCGCCUCUGUCUCCGCGAGUGCGGGACAGGCUAUACAAGAGAUGAGCGGUCUGUGUGACUUCCGUGCCCGAUGUACUUCGUGAGCAAAGACUGAUACU